CAUAUGUAUAUAUCCAUUGUAUUUCUUCGUCGCCACGACCGUUCCAUCACCUCUCUCACCACCGACGUCUCAUACUGACUCUAAAUCCGUCACACUCUCCAAUUCCUCGCGUGCCUCUCACGUGCCCGAUCUCCCCCUCCUCUUCACAACCGCCAUCGAAACGACGAUUGGAGAAAUUCUGCAGAGAAGCCAUGGGUUCUCUCUUCGACGGCCAUGGCGCAGACUCUGAUUCCCACUCCUUCCCCUUCGAUAACCUGAAACUGAGCGUCUUGAUCAUCAUUCUCAUCCUCCUCGUCACAUUUCUCAUUUCACUCUUCAUCUGCUCCCUCCUCCGUUACCUCAACCGCUGCAGCCUCCACCGGCGCUCUCACUCCUCGUCCUCCUCCUCCGGUGUCGCAGAUUCACGGAGGAUAUCUGGCCGCCGCGUCUCUCCUGGGAUCACUGCCUCGUCGGUGCUUGAUUCGCUGCCGAUUUUUAAAUUCUCCGCCGUCACGCGCCGCUCCUCCUCCGCGAUCUCCGGUGACUGCGCCGUCUGCUUGUCGAAGUUCGAGCCGCACGACCAGCUCCGCCUCCUCCCGCUCUGCUGCCACGCCUUCCACGCCGACUGCAUCGACACGUGGCUCGUAUCCAACCAGACGUGUCCUCUCUGUCGCUCCCCUCUCUUCGCCGCCGAGUCCGAUCUCAUGAAGGCUCUCUCCGGCGGCGGAGAAAACAGCUUCCGCCUGGAAAUCGGCUCCAUCAGCCGCCGCCGCCAAAUAACAGAAUCGGGCGAGCAGCAGAGAUCCUACUCCAUCGGAUCGUUCGAUUACAUCGUCGACGACGAUGAAUCCGAGGUCUCGAUGACUGAUGUCCGCCGGAGAAGCAUAUCCGGAAAGGACGAGGAGGCCGUCACAGUAGCGGAGCCGUUCGAGUCGAGCCUUGCGGCGGACAUUGGUGGUGGUUCCAGGAACUGGCUGAAGGAUUACGUCGACAGAUUCUCUCGUGGUAUAUCGUCACGAGCAUUGUCGUUCAGGAGCUCAGGGAGGUUCUUCACCGGAAGCAGCCGCCGGACUGAAGAGUUUCAGGGGACGGCGGACAUAGAAACUAACCCAGCCGUCGCCGGCGAGGAGAUCAGCGAGCUGUUCCGGUGGCUAUCCGGAGUGUGAAAAACAACACAUGAUUGCGUUUGUAAAUAAUGAGGGGUUAAUGUUUGUUUUGAUAUGCGAACAAUGUUCUGGCUUAGCAAUUAGAGUUCUAUAUUUCGACCGUAGGUUUGGAUUGCAUUUCGUUUAUUUGUUAUUGGAUUUUGCGGAUAUAAAAAAAAUUUAAUGUUGAUCGAUUUCUA